UUCUCUGCUGUCUGGUACUGGUGAAUUAGGAAUGGCACUGCCAAGCCUACCAAGGGCAGCCAAUCUGACUGUUAACAAAGAGAACGGAUUUCUGAUUUUUAUGUUAGUUAGCCUUGUUGUUUCAGAAGACUAUAUUGGGAAAGAUUUUAACUGCCCUUGCAAAUCCAACUUCAGAAAAAAGAUUUUCUUUUCCUACUUGCUGGUACCUGCCUUAGUCGUUUUUGCGGUCAUGUAUUGUAUCAUGACUGAGCUGCAGACAUCCAAGAAGGGACCUCAACAGCAGGAAUGUAACGAAGAAACUCAAGGGCUGGAAUCUAAUAGGGGAGCUCAGAUAUCCGGAAGACCAAAUGAAUGUUCAUUUAAAAAGAUCUUGCCUGGAAAAUGGAGACAGCUCAUUUUUACCUUCUGGUGUUUUAUUCCAAGUUUUUUUUGGAUGAUCUUAUUUUUCUGUGAUGGCAGAUAUUGGGCUUGUUAUCUUACUACAUAUGAAGGAGAUGCUGACAGCACUGCGCUCCCUCCAUGGGAAUGGUGUAACAGAAACCGAACCAUGACUGCUGCCCAGAGGAUAGCAGAGAGAGCAUAUAAUGACUCUAAGUUUGGAGGUUUCGUCGCCCUCUUCGUCUCCACACUCGUAAUACUGUUAUUAUAUAUUAUAUAUAAAUACUGUCAAGAACGUGGAGUCUCCAGUGAACAGACAGCAGCAGAGCAGGGCACUACUGGGGCGCAGGAAAGCAGUGGACAGCGGACACCUACACAUACGAGGACACCGCAUGACAACUGUCAAGACACUGCCAGGACGCAGGAAAGGAGUGGACAGCAGACAUCUACAUGUGUAAAUACUGAAGCAGAAGGACUUCUCAUGGCGAAGCUUCCUGCGACGGAGGAAAACUGACAUCUACACGUGUAAAUUCAGACGCUGAGACGUCAGCUCUGCGGAGCUUUUCAGAAGAAAGCUGAGGAGAUCAUGCAAGAAGCAGCAGUUCAUCACAUUUUAUCAGGAUGGAUCCCGAAGGAAACGUAUCAGUCACACAACACAGGACAGUAAUACAACCCCAAUUCUAGUGAAGUCGGGACGUUGUGUAAAACAUAAA